CUUUCCACCAUAAUGACAUGGGUUUUGAAAUUUGGAUCGUCGUCGUUUGCAUUAAUUUUUUCGUUCUUCUCGUUUUAAUUGGAAUCAUAAAUGGAAGUGCGACAAUUACUUCGUUUAAUUGCUUCCCAAGUGAAUCACUGUGUUUGAAUAUGACGUGUAACACAACUGUGUCCCGUGACAAUAACCAUCAGUUAAACUGCGGCUGCUUUAUUCCACAUCCUCUCUACCAAGCUACACUCGAGGUAAGACUGUUACGGAAACGAGGUGGAAAAUACGUGACACUCAUCACGAUAAAUGAAGACUUAAAAAAUAUUAUCAAGCAGUCGGUUUCUUCUCCAGCCAUGGCUAGACUCUUUUCAGCUAGCAAAAAAUAUUUACAAGGUUUUGAAUAUCCUUUUCAGGGAAAUAUGAGCGUGAGGAAAAUGCCAGUUUUGUUGAAUUAUGCAUCGGUAUUUAUGCAGUCUUCAACCUAUCGACUGUUAAUGAAAUUUGCUACCAAAGAAGAGGUUAUCCUCCGGACUGAGCUUGAUUUUAUAAUUGGGGACAGUAAAAACCGGGGAAAACCCAAUAACAAACCAAAACAUUUCACCUAAAAAAA